UUGAAUAAAAAAGAAAGUUGUUUUCCUACAUACUUAUUUUGGAUCGAUUAAGGAAGUAAAAGUCAGAUCAUUUUAGUGAUGAAUAUAUCAAGUGCAACGGAUGUACUUAUUUGAUCGUAGUAUGCUGACCUUAACAGAAAACAUUCAUAUAAACUUAGAUGAUAAUAUUACUAUAUACACAUUUCAGGUGUAAACAGUUAUUGCAAACACGUACUAAUUUUGUCCGAAAUGGAUGAAAAAGAGCAAGAAAAUUAUUUAAGAAAUUUAGUCGUUAUUGCUAAUUAUGGAAAAGAAGCAUUAGCUUGUCUCCUUAAACAAGAAUUUUCAAGCAAACACAUGUCUUUAGAACACUUUGUUAAUAGCAAUCAGCAUACGAUUUACCAUUUGUGUUUUAAUAAAAAGAAGUGUUGUCAGUGUGUACAUGAAUGGAGAGCAUUUGUUCCAACUAAUAGAGUUUUGAGUGAAAGCCAGCUUGGAAUUAUAUUGGACAGAAAUAGUUCGCGGUUACCAUGUCAUAACACACAAAACGUUUCGGAUUUCUGCUGUUGCAGAGCCCACUGUAAUCUUACAACAGAAAGAUUCGAUGUGACGCUACUGCGUUGUUUUCUCACAAAUUUUGGAACACUUUGGAAAGUAGCACCCGUUGAACAAGCUGUCAACACGAUUUUAUAUUAUCGCAAUUAUUAUGGACAUGCAAGUGAAACUCGAAUUUCCGAAGGACUAUUUCAACAGCAAAAGGCGGAAAUAGAAAAAGCCAUUUUAGACAUCUAUUCAUUUUGUAAACCCUCUGAUGUUUUAAGUAUGAAACAAAGGCUUACUGAUUCCUACUGCAGAUCGUUAGAUACAGUGUCCUGUAGCAAGUAUCUAAGUGGACAAUUAGAGGAAAUUCGCCAACAAAGCAGUGUAGAAAAGGAAAUACAGGAUAUCAAAGAUCACAUAGAACACUUUGGUGAGUUACACAUUUAA